AUGCCUUUGGCUCGUGAUUUACUGCACCCUGACCCGGAAAAGGAACGCCAGAAGCACAAGCUGAAGCGAUUGGUUCAGCACCCCAACUCUUUCUUCAUGGAUGUCAAGUGCCCCGGAUGCUACAAGAUCACCACCGUCUUCUCACAUGCUCAAACCGUUGUUGUCUGCGUGGGAUGUUCGACAGUUCUCUGCCAACCGACCGGUGGAAAGGCCCGACUCAUCGAAGGAUGUGCUUUCCGUAAAAAGGUUCCAUAA